GAAAGUUAAAGGGGGGAAUAUUGAUGUACAUCCAUCAGAAAAAGCUCUCAUUGUUCAGUAUGAAGUGGAAGCUACCAUUCUUGGAGAAAUGGGGGAUCCCAUGUUGGGAGAACGAAAGGAAUGCCAAAAAAUCAUUCGUCUGAAGAGUCUCAAUGCUAACACAGACAUAACUUCCCUGGCACGGAAAGUGGUUGAAGAAUGUAAACUCAUUCAUCCCUCAAAAUUGAAUGAGGUGGAGCAGCUAUUGUACUAUCUACAGAACCGCCGUGAUUCAUUGUCAGGAAAAGAAAAAAAAGAAAAAUCAAGCAAGCCUAAAGAUCCACCUCCCUUUGAAGGAAUGGAGAUUGAUGAAGUUGCUAACAUCAAUGACAUGGAUGAAUACAUUGAAUUACUAUAUGAAGAUAUUCCAGACAAGGUUCGGGGUUCUGCCUUGAUCCUACAGCUUGCUCGAAAUCCUGAUAACUUGGAAGAGCUACUAUUAAAUGAAACUGCCCUGGGUGCUCUAGCCAGAGUUCUGAGAGAAGACUGGAAACAAAGCGUUGAGUUAGCCACAAACAUCAUUUAUAUCUUCUUUUGCUUUUCUAGCUUUUCUCAUUUCCAUGGACUCAUCACUCAUUAUAAAAUUGGAGCACUGUGUAUGAAUAUCAUUGAUCAUGAGUUAAAAAGACACGAGCUCUGGCAAGAAGAACUUUCGAAGAAGAAGAAAGCUGUUGAUGAAGACCUUGAAAACCAAGCCCUAAGGAAGGAUUAUGACAAAACCUUUAAAAAGUACCAGGGGCUUGUAAUAAAACAGGAGCAACUAUUGAGAGUUGCUCUUUAUUUGCUCCUGAAUCUUGCCGAGGACACACGGACAGAGCUGAAGAUGAGGAACAAGAAUAUUGUGCACAUGCUGGUGAAGGCUCUGGAUCGGGACAACUUUGAACUUCUUAUUCUAGUGGUGUCUUUCUUAAAGAAACUCAGUAUUUUUAUGGAGAAUAAAAAUGAUAUGGUAGAAAUGGAUAUUGUUGAAAAACUGGUCAAAAUGAUACCUUGUGAGCAUGAAGAUUUGCUGAAUAUAACUCUCAGGCUUUUAUUAAACCUGUCAUUUGACACAGGACUAAGGAAUAAGAUGGUACAAGUUGGACUUCUUCCAAAACUCACUGCACUCCUAGGAAAUGAAAACUACAAACAAAUAGCAAUGUGUGUGCUUUACCACAUAAGCAUGGAUGACCGCUUUAAAUCAAUGUUUGCAUAUACUGACUGCAUACCACAGUUAAUGAAGAUGCUCUUUGAAUGUUCAGAUGAACGAAUCGACUUGGAGCUGAUUUCUUUCUGUAUUAAUCUUGCUGCUAAUAAGAGAAAUGUACAGCUUAUCUGUGAAGGGAAUGGGCUCAAGAUGCUCAUGAAAAGGGCUCUGAAGUUCAAGGAUCCAUUACUGAUGAAAAUGAUUAGAAAUAUUUCCCAGCACGAUGGACCAACUAAAAUUUUGUUUGUUGAUUAUGUUGGGGACCUCGCAGCCCAGAUCUCCAGUGAUGAGGAGGAAGAGUUUGUAAUUGAAUGUUUGGGAACUCUGGCAAAUCUGACAAUUCCAGAAUUAGACUGGGAACUGGUUCUGAAGGAAUACAAGUUGGUUCCGUACCUCAAAGAUAAACUAAAGCCAGGUGCUGCAGAAGAUGACCUUGUUUUGGAAGUGGUCAUCAUGAUUGGCACUGUAUCUAUGGACGACUCCUGUGCAGCCCUGCUAGCUAAAUCUGGGAUAAUCCCUGCACUCAUCGAAUUGCUAAAUGCUCAGCAAGAAGAUGAUGAAUUUGUGUGUCAGAUAAUUUAUGUCUUCUACCAGAUGGUUUUCCAUCAAGCCACGAGAGAUGUCAUAAUCAAGGAAACACAAGCUCCAGCAUAUCUCAUAGACCUGAUGCAUGAUAAAAAUAAUGAAAUUCGGAAAGUCUGUGAUAAUACGUUAGAUAUUAUCGCGGAGUAUGAUGAUGAAUGGGCAAAGAAGAUUCAGAGUGAGAAGUUUCGCUGGCAUAACUCUCAGUGGUUGGAGAUGGUAGAGAGUCGUCAGAUGGAUGAAAGUGAGCAGUACUUGUAUGGUGAUGAUCGAAUUGAGCCAUACAUCCAUGAAGGAGAUAUUCUCGAAAGGCCUGACCUUUUCUACAACUCAGAUGGAUUAAUUGCCUCUGAAGGAGCAAUAAGUCCAGAUUUCUUCAAUGAUUAUCACCUUCAAAAUGGAGAGGUAGUUGGGCAGCAUUCAUUUCCUGGAAGCACUUUUCAUCCAAGGAUUUCAAAGUGCUUUACAAACAUGCACUAAAUAAGCCUCACAAACAGCGAGAGCCUUGGAAUGGAUGGCUUUGGCAAACCAGUGAACAUCCUUGGACGCCCUGCCACAGCAUAUGGAUUCCACCCUGAUGAACCGUACUACUACGGCUUUGGUUCUCAAUAAAGACACCCUCCCUGUGUGUACUCUCAGCUUAGAAGAAAUCUGUGUGGAUUGGAUUAACUUUGAAUCUUGACUUAAUAGUGCAUGUUGAUACUAUUGUGGGAGUCUGUUUUCUUAUUUUUCCACAUUGCUAGCUGCAGAUUAAUUCCAACCUUAUGUCUUCUGUUAAAUACCAUUGACAAUAACAGUGUUCACUCAUUCAGCUAUAUCAUGAUGCAAAUAACAUUUCCCAUGAGACUCAAAGUGAUUGUUGAGAAUCUACUAUACUUGAAAACAAAUACUACAUUAUGUACAUUAACUGACUAAUCUCUAUUAAAAAGCAGCAUAAGUGCAAAUGAAUGAGCCAAGUUAUAUUUACUGUGUUUCAUUAGAAGUUACAUAUUUACAUAGGGUACACUUGAAUUGUUUUCUGCUUUUUCCUUCUUAAAAACUCCUUAGUAUUUCAUGUGAUUUGUUCUACCUGUACAUUUUAUUUUAAAAGAAUCUCAGCUACUUAUUCUAUGCUGUGUGUCUCAGAGUUUCUUCACAAAGUUAUUAACUAUAAGUUUUUUAAGUUAAAGAUGAGCAUUAUCUAUAAAUGAUGUUAUAUAUCAGUAGUCUCGUAUGUGAUUUGGAUUCAUGACCUUUUAAUUAUAACAGAAAACUUGAGGCAGUUGCCAUAAGUGGAGCAGGAUUAAAUUGGACUUCUAACUCCUCUUCUUCCUGAACUUUGGAACGUGAAGUAUGGAAAAGCCCGAGUGUUUUCAUCUUGAUGGAGAAAAUGAAGGAAAGAACUCAUUUCUUCCUCUUUCUCUCAUUGUUCAUUUCCUGUGUGUUCGCUCUUUAAAUAAGACUAGGAAAUAGAUAGGGACACAUGAUCAAUAAUGAGUUUUGAAUAAUUCAUUAGUACUACAAUACUGAAAUUUUUCUUGAAAAACCAAGCAAGUGAAAUAAACAUAAGCCAUAGAUUGUUUCUUGCUCACCUCUACUAAAUACUUUUCUGUUGUUUAUCACAUACAUGGUAUAAGUAAAUAUAUAUAUGAUAUUAAUAGAAAAAUAAAGCAACUUAUAAGCUGACUUAAGAAGAACAUUCCCUAUAAUUCAUAACAUUUCCAGGGCUGUGCACACAUUCCUUAUAUAUUUCCAUUAUUUUAGUACUCACAGAUUGAGAAAUUGUAGUGUUUCCACCCAAGUAUGGACUGGUUCACCAUUGCCUCAUUUAUGUUAAGUUUACCAAUGAGAUUCAUAAUGAAGAAAUGUCUAAAAUUCCUGUGUACAUGAGAGAACAAAAAGGUUUGUCAUUUGGCACUUUUAAAAGUACUAUUUAUAAUGUAAGUCACAUAUCCUGGCCUCACCAAUGUUUGACUACAGAUUAAGGUCACACUUUAAUGACAUGUAUUAGAAAUAGCUUGAGGCAAAACAAUUAGAAUUUCCAUAAGAAUUUUAGAAAGAUGGGCUAGGGCUAGAGUUCAGUAGUAGAGCACUUGCUUGGCAUGCAUACAACCCUGGGUUCUGUCCCCAGCACUGCAAAUAAAACAAUAAAGUUAAAUUUAAAAUAUCAUUUAAAAAACAUAAAAUACUUUAGAGAAACAAACUGCCUUCAGACUUUUGACAUUAAGUUGCUGAAUGCAUUAGACCGUGAACUACAGAACUGCUUUUUUUGUUGUUGAAGGACAGAUUUAGAAUUCAAAAAUACUUCACUUGAACAGUUUUCUCUUAGUUUUUGAGUGUUUUGUUUUGUGAAGAAGAUGGCUUUUACUUGUCUUCAUCCAUUUGUCUGCAACUUUUCUUUUUCAAUACCAGGGAUUGAGCCUAGAUCUUUUGCACAUAGUAGGCAGGUACAUACCCCUGAGCUGGUUCUCAGCUAGUAAAUGGGUAUUCUAAAUAUACCUCCUUUUUUUUGACACAGUGUCUCACUAUGUGUCCUGGCUGGCCUGAAAUGUGCUAGGUAGCUCAGGCUGGCCUCAAACUCACAGUGAUUCACCUGCCUCUGACCCCCCCCCCCAGUGCUGAGAUAGAGGGUAUGCACCACCAUACCCAGCAAAAGUGAUGCAUUUUAAAUAAUGCAAAAUUAACUUUUUUGUGAGAAGUCACAAAAUGACUUGAUGUACAUUGAAAACUAGUUGACAGAUAUGAAUAAUGAUUAUAAAACUAAACAAAUUAUUAUUCCUGAAAAUACAUUAAUUCAAUGAUGAAUGACUUAGUUUUAAACUCAAGGAGUAAGCUGAAGAGAUAAUGCUUUUGAAACUUUUCAGAGACAUCCAUCCAACCUUGACUUUGAAUAAAAUGGGAAAAACAUCUCCUGAGAAGUUGAGGCAACAUUUAAGUAAGUGUGUGUGUGUGUGUGUGUGUGUGUGUGUGUGUGUGUGUUACAUUUAAAUAUCUUUGCAUGUAGACUCAGAUUCACAUUAUUUAUAUAAAAUUGUAAGCUCUGGAUCACCUGAUGGGAAACAAAUUCUUUGUAGAGGAAUGUACUUUAAACCCAGAUUUCACAGAAUUCCUUCAGAUUAAGGUCAACCAAGCAGAAG